AUGGCUGAGCCAGCAACCAGCACCCAGCGCCAAGGAGGGGACGCUGCCAACCUCGACAGGGUAAAGUCCCUGCUCCGGGCCAGGGAUGAUACCCAGAGAUUCGUCGGCCUCGCAAUCCUCAAAUCGGUCCUUGACAACUCACCUGAGCUCCGUCAGAACCAUGUGGCCGUCCAGGACCUCUGGGCCUGCAUCUCGCCCAAGUUCCUCGAUCGCCUACUAAGGACCGGGUCUGCAUCGUCCGCCAAAGGUAAAGACGCCGGUGAGAUGCUCAACCUGGCCGUCUCAGUCCUGCACACAUUUGGCCUUCUCCUGCCUCCAGAUUCGCUAGAAAAUGCCAAGUUUCCUGGAAGAGUGCCGCUCCUCAUCUCGGCGCUUCUUCAGAGCUCCCCGGAAACAACUCUUCUCAUUCUACAGCUCCUAAACACACUUGCCAGCACACGGGCAGGUGCAGAGUCUUUCAUAAAGGUCGACGAUAUCAGUCCGCUCACUGAAAUCGCCCCUUCAAAUCCCCUUGCUCUCGAUGUCCUCCGCUACGCCUGGCUCCACGCAAUGGGGGGCUCUCUGCCCAAACGAACCCUCUCGGAGAGCAUCAGCAAGACUCUCAAGAUAUUAGUGCCGUCAUUUACCGGCACAGACGCCGUCACGCUUCUUGAUUUCUUGGGCGACCUUUUGCGACAGGCAGACAAAGAGAUUAUACCAGCUCCAUCUCUGUGGCUCAAACCUACCGUUAACCACGUAAGAAACCUUGUGAUCAGCCGACCAACUCCAGAAGCCAGAGCUGCCUACACAAACUUCUCUGCUUCUCUCCUCCAGGUCUACCCUAAAGAGGCUGCCGAUGCGCUCUUCACCGGAGACCACAAGAGUGAGAAGCCCUUUGGUUUCCUCCUCAUAAAUCUCCUCCUCAUUGACAUACGCUCUUCGACGCCCAUGAUCCUUGAGCAGCUCAACAGUCCCGAGUAUGCCGGAACCGCACGACGGCUAGCAUCUGCUUAUGAUGUCAUCGCUAUGUUCAUCGGGUUUCUAGUGCGAUGUCUGGACGAUGACAGGCCCAUGCCCAUGCCGCCAGACAGCCUGCUGAAGCUGAGGAGCAGCAUAUCCGAGACCAUGUCCGUCACAACCGAGUACCUCAGAGACAGGUGGGACAGCUCCGUCGCUGGCGCCAUGGGUCUCCACACCGAGGCUCGAACCUCCACCACCGAGACGGCGACGGGAUCUUACCACAGCCUGGCCUGGGACUCCAUGAAGAACAGGGUCGACCAGGAUCCCCUGACGCUCUCGUCACUACGCUGCCUGAGCCUGUGGCUACGUGAGGAUGAGAACGACGACCUCAGGCAAGAGGCCACCGGUCUGAUCGACAUGCUCACGGAGCUCUACCAGUCGGGUGCAUCCCAGGGUAUCGACUUUCGGUCCCCCGUCCUCGUAGCCCUGGAAGCCCUCGUGACGCUGGAUCAGGGGCGCGAGAUCCUACUGAGCCACGACGGUUGGAAGACGCUCAGCAGGGACCUCGUCGAAACCGUACGAGAUCCCACCCGCCUGGGCCAGCAGGUCGAGAUAACCCGCGGCACGGACACUGUCCGCGUGCUCCUGCCGAUUGUGGAGCAGCAGCGCGCCGGCACGGCAGAGGAGUGGAUGGACCUCAUCACCGCCGUGGCAGCGUGGGAUCUGGACGAGAACCGCACGCUCCAGGUGGAGGGUCGCAGAUUUGUCAUUGCCGUCCUACAGCUCUGCAGCUCCAUCCUCGUGGGCGCCAGCCAAGGCAUGCGGAGGAGGUACACACACUCCGUCAGUGCUGUCUCAGGCAUCGCCCACCGUCUGGCAGCCACCUUGGAUGAAGGAGGUCCUGCAGAUAUAGUGACACAAUACAACGCGCUCUUCCUGGGAUCUGACCAAGGCGUCAACAACACCCUAGCCAAGGCCUUUGCAGCAGCAGGCAAGACGACAGCCAUGGUAGAGCGCACCGCGCUGAACUUGACGUGCAUCAACACGGGCUGCACGCCUACCAAGACGAUGAUAUCAUCCGGUCGCGCAGCGCACAUGGUCCAAAGGGGCGGGGAAAACGGUAAUGAGGAGACGGCGACCUCCUCUUUGGAGAUGCAGCUCGACGGUGGGGAGACGGUCAAGGGUACACAUCUGCUCCUGGCGAUAGGCCACGUUCCCAACACGGACAUGCUCAGCCUCGAGGCGGCGGGCGUCAGGGCCACGGCCCGGGGCCACAUCAUCGUCGACGACAAACUCCAGACAAGCGCGGAGGGUGUGUGCGCCCCCGGGGACGUUCUUGGCGGGCCGGCAUUUACACACAUGUCGUACGACGACUCGCGCAUCAUCCACGCCAAUCUCCUGGACAUCACCAAGCCUUCGACGACAAGGACGAGGAUGACAGCUCAAUCAUCCCGUUCACGCAACCUGACGCCAGACGUGGCAUUUACGGACCCGCAGCUGGCGCACGUAGGUCUACACGGGAGGGAUCUUCUGGCCGACGGCGGGCGUGGCUUCAGGACGGCCGUCAUGCCAAUGUCGUGCGUCACCAGGGCGGCGGAGACGGCUGAGGGUCGAGGCAUGAUGAAGGUUAGCAUGGACGACCAGACGGGCGAGAUCCUGGGCUUCACUUGUCUGAGUAUCGAGGGCGGGGAGAUCAUGUCGCUCGUGCAGACGGCCAUGAUGGGCGGAUUGAGAUGGUGGGAUCUCGAGGGGAACGUGUAUGCGCAUCCAACCAUGGCGGAGAGUCUGAAUAAACUUUAG